AUGAAGAAAAUAAGAGAAAUAAUCGAAGAGUCGAAUUCUAGCGAUAAAAGUGUUAAAAGAAAUUCAUUAUUAAAUUUAAAAGCGGAUUUGAAAAAAAGUAUACAAACGUCACAAGUUAUAAAUGGUAACAAAAAAGUAAUUAAAAAUGUAAGAAAAAUUCUAGCCUUAGUCAAAAAAGCGGCAGAUAAAAAUCUAGAGGGGGAGGUACUCUCGAAACAUAUUGAACAAAUAUUGCAAGAAACUGAAAGUAAUGAUGAUGAUUUAAAAAAAGAAUGCGAGAAAUUGCAUAAAUUGUAUAAUAGGCCGAUUACUAUUGAUAAAUAUAAGAUAAUAAUGGGAAAGAUAUUAAUUAAGGAGUCAGAUGAGUUAACUGACAAUCAAAAACAAAAACUAGAAAUUUUUGAUGAACUAGAAAAGGAAAACAAGGAGUUAAAACAAAAACUUGAAGAAUUAGAGAGUAAAAAUGAAGAAUCGAAAAGUUCUAAAAUUAAAGAUAAAGAAGAGAAACAAGGAAUAUUUGGAGAUCCUGUGAAUAAGACUAUGAAGUUAAGGGGUGAUUUAGUAAUAAGAGACUAUCCGAAUUUAGAGAUAAUAAAUUUAGAUAAUACGGAAGAAAUAACUUCGUUAACUAUUGAAAAUUGCCCCAAAAUCGAAUCAAUUAGUGUUUAUUGCAACAAAAUUACCAAAAUAGUCGGUUUAGAAGAAUUGCCACUUCUGAACAAAUUAAAUUGUGUAGGAAAUUUAAUAGAUAGAUUGGAUAUUAGUAAAAAUUUUAAACUGACCGAACUUCGCGUUUUUAGAAAUCCUCCAAAUAUGGAGUUAGUUGGAUUACAAAACCUUUCUUAUAUUGAAGAUAUUGUAACUAAUGAGGGUAAUCCGAUUAACUUCUCACAAAUUGUUAGAAAAGAGUUAGAAGAAGUGGCAGAAAAAUUAGGAAUUGACAAAAACGAACUAGAAAAUAAAUCAGGGGAGGAAAUUAAAGGACUCAUUCAAGAAGAAGGAAAAAUAAUUCGAGAGAAUGAAACUAAACUUAAUGAUCCCGAACUUGGUUUGCCAGCACAAGAAGCACAAACAUGGUUAAAUAAUUUAGGUAUAGACAAAAAUACUAGAAAAAGAAUAGAAGGAGUAAAAUCUUCCGUUGGAGUACUCUCGCCAACUAAUCCCAGGGAGGAACUGAAAGGUGAAUUAAAAAUAGAGGAUUUUCCUGAAUUAGAAGAAUUAGAUCUAGAAGAUGUGCGAGAAUUGGAUAAAUUAGUUAUUAAAAAUUGUCCUAAGUUAAGGGAAGUUAUUCUUUUAAAUAGCGGAGUUAAAAAAUUAGAACUUGGUUCAGGACUUGACAACUUACUCUUUUUAGAUUUUAGUUUUGAUACUGAUGUUGAUGAUCGACCUGUCGAAAGAAAACUAGAUGAACUUGAUCUCGGUAAUGUUCCUAAUUUGAAAGUCCUUAGAAGUUGUGGAGUUCAGCAAACUAAUUUGAAAGGAAUAGAGAAGUUAACCCAACUUCAAACUCUCGAUAGCGCCACUAAACUCGGCGGAGCAAAUCUAAGUCAGAUUCCCACUGGGAAAACUUUAAAAGAUUUGAUUGACAAUUUUUCUGCUGACCAAGAUAAUUUACAGAAAAAAUUAAAGAAGAUCCAAAAAGAUUUAGGGUUAGGAGAAGGAGAAGAGGCGACCGAAGAACAAUUUUCGAAUAAAAUUCAAGAGUUAAAACAGCAACCUACCCAAGCAGUAAGCGACUUACUGAACAAAAUAAAUAAUUUGGGGUUAGGAUUAACUGGAACGGAAAUUAACGAACAAAAAGUUCUAGAUAAAAUAACUGAACUAAUUAACCGACCUACCCAGGCUGAUUAUGACGCAAUUAAAGUCGAAAGGGAUGAACUGAGAGAAAGUGUAAUUAAAAAAGAGGAUAUGGUUAAAGAUGAUAAAAUAGUCUUUGACAAGUUAGGGAUUUCAUUUGCGGAUUACGAGGGCAAAAUUGUUAAUGUUAAGGCCUCCGAAGUGGGAAAUAUUAGAAACGAGAUGAUUGAGAAAAAAUUUGGAGAAUUAUCGACUCAGAAUAACACUUCUUUUUAUCUAAAUAUCGGUUUAAGCGUUUUAGCGAUUGCAAGUUUAGCCACAAUAGUUUGGUUAGUCCUGCGGGAAAAUAAUCCCAAAGAGGAACCUGAACCAGAAAAAUAA